CUGCAGGGGGCCAAGAGCACGAUGUCUUUCCGCGACCUCCGCAAUUUUACAGAGAUGAUGAGAGCCUUGGGAUACCCUCGCCAUAUCUCUGUGGAAAACUUCCGCACACCAAAUUUUGGACUUGUGUCUGAAGUGCUGCUUUGGCUUGUGAAACGGUAUGAACCUCAGACCGACAUCCCUUCCGAUGUUGAGACUGAACAAGACCGAGUUUUCUUCAUUAAGGCAAUUGCCCAGUUCCUGGCCACCAAGGCACAUAUAAAACUCAAUACUAAGAAGCUUUAUCAGGCAGAUGGGUAUGCAGUGAAAGAGCUUUUGAAGAUCACCUCUGUCCUUUAUAACGCCAUGAAGACCAAAGGGAUGGAGGGCUCUAAGAUAGGAGAGGAGGACAUCAGCAAAUUCAAGUUUGAUCUUGGCUCAAAGAUUGCAGAUUUGAAAGCAGCCAGGCAGCUUGCUUCUGAAAUCACCUCCAAAGGAGCAUCUCUGUAUGACCUGCUGGGCAAGGAGGUAGAGUUGAGGGAACUGAGAACAGAAGCAAUUGCCAGACCUCUGGAAAUAAAUGAGACAGAAAAAGUGAUGAGAAUUGCAAUAAAAGAUAUUUUGGCGCAGGUGCAGAAGACUAAAGAUCUGCUCAAUAACGUGGCCUCUGACGAAGCUAAUUUAGAAGCCAAAAUUGAGAAGAGGAAAUUAGAACUGGAACGAAAUCAGAAGCGGCUCCAGACUCUGCAGAGUGUCAGGCCAGCGUUUAUGGAUGAAUAUGAGAAGAUCGAGGAGGAGUUGCAAAAGCAGUAUGACAUUUAUCUAGAGAAAUUUCGAAAUCUGGCUUAUCUGGAACAGCAGCUUGAGGACCAUCAUAGGAUGGAGCAAGAGAGGUUUGAGGAAGCUGAAAACACUCUGCGCCUGAUGCAGAACAAGCUGAAGGAGGAAGAGAAGCGCCUGCUCCGGAGUGGAAGUCAGCCAGGAGAGCCUGAAGCAGCCCUAAGUGAUAAGUCUGCAUGGAGUUUAUCCCCUCCUGAGAGGCCCGGCACAGGUAAUGAUGACUCGGACAUUGACAUCCAGGAAGAUGACGAAUCUGACAGUGAAUUGGAGGAGAGGCAGCUGUCCAAGCCGCGGACGGCCAUGGAGGUGCUCAUGCAAGGAAGACCCGGCAAACGCAUCGUGGGCACAAUGCAGGGCGGAGACUCUGAUGACGACGAGGACUCUGAGGACAGUGAGAUUGACAUGGAGGGUGAUGAAGAAGACGACGAUUUGGAAGAUGAGAGUGUUGCUCUCUCGCCAGCUAAGCCCAGUCGAAGAGUCCGGAAGCCUGAGCCCCUGGAUGAGAGCGACAAUGACUUCUGACCCUCUUGCCCAAGGGACCAGACUGAUUAAAUCCCUCAGAUCUAUAUAGGUAAACAGGAAGUUGGAAGGUUAGGAAGGAAACCUAUUUUGUUCACUAAACUAGUUGGACUCAGUAAUGAAGCAACACCUAGUUGUUCUUUAGCCUCCUCUGUGUUAUUCCACAGAGCUUCAAUAAGAACUGAAGUAAGCCCCAAAGAGAAUGUGUUUUUUUGCCUUAUUUAUCUCCUGAAACUUAGGGAAUGCAUGUGUUCUUAGAGAUGUACAUGCACGGGACAAACACCCAAGGAGAAAUAAGGGUCGGCACCGUCAGGUCUUGGCUGUUGUUGUUGUGAUGUGUUUGCCUCUCAGAGUCGGGGGGACCGACGUGGGGCUAGGCACCAGGACUCAGUUUAGGAAUUGUGGGGGAGCGUACAGUUUUGGACAUUUACUGUAUAUCGGCUUUUAAUUCUAGCUUUUAUUUAGUUGUCUUAUUUUCUUCUGUAUAUUCACAAUACCAAGCUUGUUCUGAAUGAAAGUUAGCUAAGUCAGAUGAAAACCCACUUUCGUUAAAGAUCAGAUAACAGAGAGAUGCUCCAGAAUAUAAAUGCUCCAUUUUCUCUCAGAAGGUUGACAUUCCUCCUUAGGAAAGCAAAUUAAAGAAGAAAUGUUGGUACACACUUGUGUUUCUGACUCUAAAAAGAUGAACCAGAAUGCAUUAGGUUGAGUAGCACUAGAAUAAUUACCCUGAUGUGAAAUGAGAAGUAACAUGUGGAGUUGUUUUGUUUUUCUGAUAUGGAAAACAGAGCAGUUUUCAUUUAUUUUUCACUUAUAAAGUCAGAAGACUUCUGAAGUUACUUGGCUCAUAAUAAAUGUAUUUAAUUCCUUGUUUUUAUAUCAUUAAAUAAGUUUUACUUGAAAGUUUAA